AUGACUCCCUUCGGCCACACACCCACUAAGGCCACUUUCCUCGUCGUGAUCAUCGCCUCUGCGGUGCUCUUCCCUGCCCCUGCCCGCGUCUCUGCCGCCGGGAGUCCCGUCAACGCGACUGCGCGUGCUAACGCGACUGCUUAUACUAAGGGCGUUGCUGCUGGCGCGAUUUGGUCUGCAAACGCAACCACACCUGGAGAUGCUAACAACAAGCCCGUGGCGGCGACGGCGAGGCAGAGCAAGAGCUCGGGGCUAGGAAAGAACUCCACAUGCGCUUAUCACGGGAACUACACCGCCAAUCCCUACUUCGGCAAGGGACUCACCGUGAAGCUUCCUCCCGCCAUUUUCGGCAAGCGCUGCGGUGCGUGCUACAAGGUGAUUUGCGCCAACGACACCAAGCACUGCUGCAGUGGCAAGGCGACCGUGACGGUCCGCGUCAUUGGCACGACGACCACGGAGAAGGAGAUUUCGCUCUCUCCUGUCUCGUGGUCCAAGAUCGUGCAGGGAUCCGACGCCACCCCGGUCAGCAUCACGUACAAGCGCACCAACUGCCAUUCCACCGCUGGAUCGGCAGUGCGCGUGCGCAGCAACUCGACGGCGGAGAAUUUCAACAUUCAGAUGGUGGGUCUCGCCGGCCCCGGUACGCUCAAGGAGGUCGAGAUUAGCGCGGACGACAAGAAGUGGGAGAAGCUGACGCGCGACGGCAGCAAGGCGAUCUGGGGGAUCAAGGGGAAGGAGGCGAAGGAGGUUGUGGGCGCGAAGAAGGCGGUGAGCGUUCGCCUGACUGCGGGACACACCCUCGAGAAGAUCACUCUCGAGAAGGACCUUCCCGCCGACUGGAAGCCCCAGACGCUAUACUCGUCCAAGACCAACUUCAAGAAGCUCAUGGUCGAGGCCAAGCGUGUCGUGAUUCUUGGCGGGUAG